AUGGAGAUGCGCGGUUUUCCCAAGUCAUCACCUUCCGCUCUUUCAACUUCCUCAAUUGCGCCUGCGUCUCCUCCUUCGGGCCUGAAGUUCGAGUUUUCGAAGAUCGUUCAAGGUAUCGCUUCUCUUCGAGAACUGCCAGUCUCCUUAUCAUCUCGAAGUCCGCCGAGGUCAUCUACCUCCGGCAUGUCCAGCCUACACAUUCAGCUCGCUCCAAAACAGCCGCCACCUGAUACCAUCACACCCAGCUUUGGUUCUAAAGCCCGUAGCUGCAUAUAUCCCUGCUCCUUCAUCUCACAGCAGAGCAAACGGAUAAGCUCGAAGGUUAAUGCUGCCAAUCUUUUUGGCAGAUCUAGCGCUGGUCGUGCCAUCUGCGUCAGUGACGACCGGAGUGGCCGGCGAUUCUUGGUAAACACCGGUGAGCGGCUGAAUGUCAUUCCUCCCGCGCAUGCCGUUUGGACUCCGCAACACCUCUCAGACCUUCCAAAGGUUCGUAGACAGAGUACUUCAUGGUCUAUCCCUUGUCUACGCCGAUAUAGACGACCUGAAGGUAGUUAGCUCUACCGUCAAAGAACACAUGGAGCAUCCUGCAGCGGUGUCUGACCGCCUUUACCAAUUUGGCGUUGUUCUCAACCCGUCCAAUUGUGUCUCAGGCAUCUGGUUGGUCCCAGCGGCAUCCAUUCUCUUCCAUCGAAGUUUGCGGCAAUCCGUGAUUUCCCACCUUCAUCUUCCAAACGUUAGCUGCAGUGAUUUCUGGACAUGGUGGAUUUCUACAGCCGGUUCCUCCUGAAUUGGUCCAAAACCAUCCUGCUGCUCACGAUCCUUCUCUCGGGUCUCAAAGAUUGAUUCGAGCUUUCUGCAGACGCCCUCGCUGACAGUUAAGGAUCACAUAGAAGGAUUCGACCAAGGACUAUUAGACAUAGCAUUUGAUAAAAUUUAUGUUUCAACGUGUACGAACUGUGACACGGAUGCGUGAAGGUCUGGGAGCUAGUUACCUGAACCUACUGUUUUCCAAGAGCGAGGAAAGUGUUGAUGAAAUAAGUCUGUGUCGCCCCUAGGAUCUUGUGAUCACGUGACGCUAAUGUGGGAAUCAACACUCGUAGCUGUCCCCGAACGAAGCUCAGUCGUAAAUAAAUGUCUGGCGGGGUAAAUUCGAGGCAAUGGAAUCAGAGAUUGGACACACUUUAUGAACAGAAUCAUUACGAGGAGAUGUCAACGAAUGCUGGACUACCUUCGCAUUAACUAUGAGAGACCUGAUUGAACGAUACCGUCCUCUCAAGAAACAUCCGACCGGAAACAAACCGAAAUGGUGGACAGCAUCGAAAACAUCCGAAAACAGCGCAAGUUGUGGAAAGUCUCCUUACAAACGGGGAGCCCAGAAAAAAUUCAAAACUUUUGGCAACAAUGAAUCUUAUACAAAUGGCUCCUCCACAAAUUACGUGCUUUUUAUGAACUGAAACUCCUAGAAGAGGUAUAGAAAAAACCUAAAGCCUUUUAUGCCUGCAUCAGGAGUAAUACGAGAAUCCGAGACCAUCUUGCAACCUUAAAGGACAAAAAUAACCAAAUAGUGAGCGAUGACUUUAGAAAAGCCGAGUUUUUUUAGGAUUUUUCUGAAUCGUCCCCAGUCCUGUUCUCUGCCGCAGUUCGCCAACCAACCACUUAUAAACACAGUAUUAUUUACACGACAUCUAGUUUGGCCAAGUUAAAAAAUCUGGAUCCGGCUAAGUCGCCUGGACCAGACGAGAUCUGAAGGGUACUCCUACGUCAAAUAGCUGAAGUAGCAGCAGAACUACUCUGUAUAAUCUUCCAAAAAUCGCGGGAAGCUGGCAAACUUCCUGACACAUGGAAGAUGGCAAACGUCGUAUCCAUCCACAAGGGAGGAUCACGGUCAUAUCCCACCAAAUAGCGGCCGAUUAGUUUGACAUGCAGUUGCUGCAAACUGAUGGAAAAUAUAGAUAAAAAUUUAAUUAAAUCGCUCGAUGCAUUCCGCUGUCACAUCAGUUCAGUUCGGCACGGCUUCUGUGAAAGGAGGUUCUGCCUCAUAAGCCUGCUUACGUCGCUCGAACAUUGGUCGAUGGCCAUGGAUGAAGGGCAUCCAGUAGACGUCUCAUAUUUUGAUUUCAACAAGGCGUUUGAUUGCGUUCCUAGUAAGUGCCUCGUUUAAAUGUUGUCAGGCGUAAGAAUAAAAGGCAAUCCUCGGAAAUGGAUUCAAGGUUUCUUAAACGGUCGUAGACAAAAAGUCACUACUGCUCAGAAUGGAUACCUGUUAAAAGUGGAGUCACACACGAGUCAGUUCUUGGGCCGCUCCUAUUCAUUAUUUAUGUAUGUGAUCUAGUACGGAAAGUAAAAUCGGAGCUAGCCUUCUUUGCAGACGAUCGUAAAUUUUGGAGGGUGAUAAAAGAUGAAAAAGACGUCAUGAUACUACAAGAGGACGUAAAGAAUUUGCGGGCAUGGAGCAAGGAAUGAUGCAUGAAAUUCAACGUCAAAAAUACGCGGUAAUGCACGUAAUAUCAGCAAGGCGAAGAAAAAAUGCACCCACACGACGGUAUCCUCUUGCCAAUCAACCACUUAAAACCGUAGAUGUGCAAAAAGAUCCCGCUGUAUUCAUUAAAGACGAUCUAAGCGUCACCACGCAGUGUUCGAAAGUCACAGCGCGGGCAACGCCAGUCAUGAGCGCGAUACGCAGAACGUUUAUUAACUUGAAUGCAGAUUCCAUUGGCAAGUCAUAUGGGGCAUUUGUGCGGCCGCACCUGGAAUAAGCGGUACAGGCUUGGCGACCGUGGCUUCGGAAGGAUAUAGAUAUUCUUGAAAGUGUACAGCGACGUGCAUCAAAGGUUGUUCAUGAACUCAAAUAUCUUGCUUACGAGCAGCGCCUGAUGGCCUUGACCCUCUUUCCCCUCCACUACAGGCAGGACAGAGGCGACCUCAUAGCAGCGUCUCAGAUGAUAAGAGGACUUGAUCUGGAUGUCGAUUGGAAAACUAUUUUUGAAAUGGCACCAAAGUCUUAUCUCAGACUACACGAUUACCAAAUUAAAGACGAACUGUGCCACACAAAUCAACUUUCCUCCUUUUUCUUGCAGAGAGUCAUACGCCAAUGGAAUUCUUUGCCGGCGUAUGUUGUUAAUUCCUCUACCGUGCUUGUGUUCAAGAGACGUCUGGAUAAUCAUCUGUUGAAAGGCAACCCGAACUCCUCAAGCCCAUCUAGUGGGUUACUGAGAUGACUGUUACCAUACUACUAACUUGAAUUCAACAGAUCCUUUUGGGUGCAUUAACAUUGACCCAUAUGAAAAUUUCUACAAUGCGAAUUCAGUGAACUAUUUUUUCACCGUUAUUUCGCAAAUGCCAUACCCUUUCACAUUUAUGUUCCGUUAUUAUAUUUAUGUAUUCUGUACACUAAAAUUGCAUGCAAAAGUUUUGUAAUUUACAUAUCGUCUUUCACACCUGUACCGUUUAAAUGGAGUUUUCUGGGCUUCCGCCAUUUACUCCUAGUAUACUGACUGAUACUGACUGAAUGACUGACUGGCCGACGCCACCCUAAUAACGCAGUUUCAUUUCUGUACUACCACUUCCCUCAUGGUUGACGCCUCCAAUGUCGCAAUAGACGCGGUUCUCCAACAGCAACUUGCAGGUAACACCCAACCUUCAGCGUUCUACUCCAAGAAGUUAUCAUCUGCCGGCACGCACUACAGCACAUUUUGACGGGAGCUCCUUGCUGUCUUCCUCGCCGCGAAACACUUCCCGCACUUCCUUGAGGGCAGGAACUUCACUGUCUCCUCGGAUCACCUGCCCCCUUCCUUCGUUCUCAAGUUCACUUCCGACAAGCUCAAAACCCGAGAAAUUCACCAACUGGCCUACAUCUCGCAGUUCGCUUUAGACAUCCGCCACAUCGACAGGUCACACAAUGAGAUGGCUGAUGUAAUGUCCAGGCCCUCCAUCGCACAACUCCAACUUUCUCCCGGGAUCGACCUAGCUGAGAUUGCUGUCGAAAAACGCCAUGUUCGUUCUCCCUGUGACAAGGACGCUUCCGGAUUCCAACUCCAGAACCUGCCACUGACUACUGGCAACGGCACCACUCUAUGCGACGUCUCCACCACCUCCCCCGUCCCUUUGUGUCUCCACCCCUUCGCCUCAAGGUCGUCCCCUCCCUGCACAACCUAUCGCACCGUGGGAGUCGAGCUACCUACAAGCUGUUUUUCAAACGUUGCAUCUGGCCUUGGAUGCAAAAAGACUUCAAAGCAUGGACAUGGGUAUGUCUCAGUUGUCAGCGGAAUAAGCUCGCAUCGGCGCCUUCCCCAUUCCGGAUGCACGGUUCAGUCAUGUCCACCUGGACAUCGUAGGUCCCCUUCCUUUGUCCACUAG